AUGGCCAAAAUUAAUGGAAUUAGAUUUCCAACAACAUGGAAAACUGAAGAAUGCGCAGGUUUAGAGUGGUUUAGGUUGUUCAUGAAGCGGCGUCCAUCUCUUAGCAUUAAAAGCCCUGAAUCAUGUAGUCUCUCACGGGCUACAUCAUUUAACCGACACAACAUUGGGCAAUUUUAUAAAAAUUUAGAAAAGAUUUUCCUGAAAUCACCGCAGUCGGCAUAUCCUUCUAGGAUUUUUAAUCUAGAUGAAACAGCAACUACAAAUGUUCAAAAACGUUGUUCAAAAGUAGUUGGAGCAAAAGGGAUGAAACAAGUUAACCAAGCCACAAGGGCCGAAAAAAAGAGUUUAGUAACCACUUGUUGUAUAAUCUGUGCUAAUGGAACAUUUCUUCCGCCAGCGAUGGUCUUUCCCCGAGUUCGAUUUCAAAAGCGUAUGCUGAAAAGUAGUCCGGUUAGGACGCUUGGAUUGGCAGGCAAAACUGAUGAAGAUUUUUUAUCGAGUGUUGUUUCAGAUCGUUUGGAUCCUGCUUUUAGUAGACCUUGUACAUCUAAUCAUUUGGAUCCUGCUCUUGAUAAAUCUUGUCUUUCUGUUUUUGCACCCCAAGGGAAUGAAGAUGCCAUUACAUCUGAUGAAGAGCCGGUAAAUGAACCUUCUACAACAGUGACUAAAAGAGGUAAAGGUACUGCAAGUGGAGAAAGAGGAGGUAGAGGCAGAUUAUGUCGUGGAAGGGACACACUCGGUAGAUCCGAUUCAGCACAACCAACAGCUGUAGCUAUACGUCGUCGCCAGUUUAUCAUAAGUUUCGGAGAGUCUCUUGUUGAGCCACUAAUUAGGAAGCAUUUGGACAAUUCCGUUCGGCUCAGAAAGUCAAUCAUGGAUGCAAUCCAACUUCUAGAGUUGGACCUUGGAGAAAGAAGAAUCAAGAUACCAACUAAAGAAAAGAGGACACAAGACGUUGUCAUCUGUGCCCGCGCGUGUGUGACAGGAAAACUCAACAAAAAAAGCUUUUUUCGGUAUUCCAAUACCAUAUUCGGUGUUCGAAUAGAUAAGUUGUGUAAAAAUCUGGGUACAAGUGGUCAGGCCGAGUGCCAUUUGGUAGCACAUCACUUGGUUUAUACCUUCCACGAGCAUUAA